AUGACCUCUCUACCCUACCGUCGUCCCUCCCGACAGGGCUCUCGCCAGGCCACUAGCGACCCUCGCGAGGACCUGCAGGUGCACCUCGACCAUUUUAUUGGCAUCGACGUAGGAACCGGCAGUGCCCGAGCUUGUAUUAUUGACGCGAAGGGUGACAUUGUGGGCUUGGCUUCUGAGAAUAUCGGCCUCUGGCAGCCGGAACACAGUUACUAUGAACAAUCUACCUCCGAUAUUUGGCGGUGUAUCUGCACGGCGGUGCAGCGUGCUAUCAGCCAGCACAACAUUAGCCCCGAGACAGUGCGCGGCGUUGGCUUUGACGCCACCUGCUCCCUGUCCGUCUUCAACCAUGAAACAGACGAGCCGGUGUCGGUGACGGGACCGAACUUUGACUCCGACCGCAAUGUGAUCCUGUGGCUGGACCACCGUCCGGUCGACGAGGCCGCCAAAAUUAAUGCCACCAACCACAACCUGCUCCGCUAUGUCGGCGGGAAGAUGUCCAUUGAAAUGGAGAUCCCUAAAGUCCUCUGGCUGAAGAACCAUAUGCCUAAGGAGCUCUUCGAUAAAUGCAAAUUUUAUGAUUUGGCGGAUGCUCUCACACAUAUCGCAACUGGCAACGAAAAGCGCAGCUUCUGCAGUGUGGUCUGUAAACAGGGAUACGUCCCCGUUGGCGUUGACGGCAGUGUCAAGGGCUGGCAGGAGGACUUCCUGGAUGAUAUUGGUCUUGGUGACCUGACCGAGGACAACUUCAAGCGCUUGGGCGGUGUUGACGGGGUGAACGGCGACUAUCUGAGUGCCGGUGAGCUCGUCGGUCACCUGUGCGAGAAGGCCGCUUCAGAACUCGGUCUCCCGGCCGGUAUUGCCAUUGGUAGCGGCGUGAUCGAUGCCUAUGCCGGCUGGAUCGGAACCGUUGGCGCCAAAGUUAACUUUGGCCCCAGCCAACUGAACGAUGAGGCGGCCAAGAAUGACAAGGCGCAGGCUUUUUCUCGCCUGGCUGCUGUUGCGGGUACCUCGACCUGUCACUUGGCCAUGUCGCCCGACCCCGUCUUCGUCUCUGGUGUCUGGGGUCCGUACAGGGACACAAUCAUUCCUGGAUAUUGGAUGGCUGAGGGUGGUCAGUCGGCAACCGGAGAGCUACUCAAGCACGUUAUUGAAACCCAUCCCGCCUUUAACCACGCCACCUCCAUUGCCGAGUCAUACAAUGCCAAUAUCUACGAAUACUUGAAUGAGCACCUCAAGGAAAUGGCACAAGACCAGCAGGCACCGUGUGUGUCCUACCUGGGCCGUCACUUCUUCUUCUACGGUGACCUCUGGGGCAACCGUUCCCCCAUUGCCGAUCCCAGCAUGACCGGCUCCAUCUUCGGUCUAACCAGUGACAAGACCGUGGACGGUCUGGCGAUCUACUACUACUCGACAUUGGAGUUCAUCGCACUGCAGACCAAGCAGAUUGUCGAGACCAUGAAUGAAGCGGGCCACAGUAUCACCUCAAUCUUCGUGUCCGGCUCACAAUGCCAGAACGAUAUUCUGGUCAGCCUCAUCGCUUCCGCUUGUGACAUGCCGGUUGUGAUACCCCGAUACAUCCACGCAGCUGUGUGCCACGGUGCGGCCAUGCUAGGAGCCAAAGCUGCCAGUUCCGAUUCUCAAGGCAACACUGAGGAUCUGUGGGAUAUCAUGGACCGCAUGAGCAAGCCCGGCAAAAAGGUAAUGCCGAGCGAGGACGCCAAGGAGAAAGCACUGUUGCAGACCAAGUACAAGGUCUUCCUGGAGCAAUGCUAUAAGCAGCAGACCUACCGCAAGAUGGUCGACGAGGCCGUGGAGGGGUGGAGCUCGGCUUAG